CUUACAUUCUGCAUUGCUCAGCCACAAUGGUCCGCUUUAAGAACCGCUACGUGCUGGGCGAGCUGACGAUCGCCGGCUCGGACGCCCCGCCGUCGGGCCCCGGUGCAGCUGGUGUCAGCAUCGGCCCACUGGUCAAUGCGCUCAAGGACGCCGUGCAGGAGGCACACGGCGACUACGGCCUCGCGUGCGUCCUCGGCUCGUUCAACGUCAAGCAUUACAACACGGAAACCGGCCUCACCAUGAUUCGCGCGCCACGCGACUACGUCGAGAUCUUGCUCUCGUCACUAACGCUGCUUGGGACGAUUGGAAAAGCACAAUGUGCAUGGAAGACAGUCCACGUUAGCGGUACACUAAGAAAAAGUAGAGUUGCGGCAGUCGAGUAUCACCGUCGACAGCUAGCACGAAUUGCAACGGCACGACGAAAAGCAGCAAGAAUCAACCCGAACGAUUGGGCUGCGUUCGGCGCUCAAGUUCCUCUCAUUGCUGAUAGCCAACCAAAGGCAGAUACCGCCAGCCCAAUAGCUGCAUCCGAGCCAGUUUCAACCGAGCCGGCACCUAAAGGUGUUCAGUUAACUGCUAGAAAGCCACGAUGAGGGAGUCUUGUCCGUUGGCAUUCUGAUCAAAGUCCCCUCAACUGUACAAAAGCGGCCACAACAAACCAGGGGAGGGGGGACAGGCGGUCCCAUUCCAACAAUCAAUUCAAGUGUUUGUGUUUUGUUGCGAAAAAAACGUGUGUGUGUUUACUUGUUCCUAAUUGGAAGCGCUGUUGUUUUGUCA